GUUGGUGAAUCUAUUUAUAGACCAGGAUAUGGAAAUGCAACCAUUACAGUUAUACUAUACAAAGUUAUAAAUUCUGUAUUUAAAGUAUGCGUUAACUGUGUUAAAUAGUAAUGGAUAUUAGAGCUAGAAAUAAUAACAACAGUGCAAAUACUUUAUCCCCACCAGUAAUCUUGGACAACACAGCAUGCGGUUCUGAUGACACAGUUAAUAAUCAGCUCCAACUGUACGGUCUUGCGGCAUCGGUCGCCAUACUGAUUUGUUUAUCACUGCUUGAGAAGAGAUCGAACAAAAGAUGUUGUUGUGCAAGACCGGGUAUAAUCUAUCCAGUCAAUCUUCUUGACCAUGGGUGUGAUAACUUUGGUUAUGCUAUGGCGUUUGGGAGCGUUGCCAGCUACUGUUUUAAUCUGUUCUUUGGAAUGAGUAAUAUCGGUAGCAAAUUUCCUGAAUGGAGUAAAUCAUUAAUUUUGAUGUAUCACGUGUUAGAGAACGGAUUUAUGUUCUACCCACUAUUUGCCUGCCUGACUACCACCUGGGUCUUUCUUGGUUCCCUUCUAGGACUUGGAUAUACAGCUUUCUGGUUGUACUUUAACUUGAGAUUUGUCAUUACUUGUCCAAAUGGACCUGAAGACUAUAAUUUUCAAGGUCAGAAUAUUGCUGUGCAGAUUCCAGUUCUAUUUUGUUUGAUGGGCUUGUUUUUCCGGUAUGGAUAUAUUCUAAUCAGGCAUUCUAUACAUGUUGUGAGAGAAAGGUCGGUACAUAGAUUUAUUGAACAGGAAGAGCGGGAGCAUCUGGGCACUAAGCACAACCGGAAGUAUGUUCAAGAGUUACUUGUUCCUGAAUGCAGGAAUCUUACAAAUGGCAGCAUUGGUCCUGCGCCAGAAAUAACCAAUUUAAAACGUUUGAAGGUAUUUCUACGACGAUAUAUUUACCUAAAUGACCCAACAUUCAAAUAUUCUCCAAGAAUUAUCUGCAUCUUCACCGUGGCUCUAAUUUGUGCAUACCAGGUUGGUAUCUUAGCGGCACUCUUUGCAUAUCAAUUACAUAAAAUGAUACCGGACAUUUUCCCAGGCUUCAAUUCGACUGACGAUGAUAUGGGAAAAUUGUUUCUUAACGUGUGUGAUGGUUCUCUUUUGUUUUCGUUGUGUGUGUCGUCACUAUUGACAAUAUUUCCACAUUUUCCAAAUAUAACAUUGUACGAAGACGAUCAGACAGCUUUGCUAUGGCUGGUUCUCAGAUUGCGCACACUCUUUGGGACAUUGAUAAAUUGUUAUUUUAUGAAUUACAAUAGGUCGGGAGUGGUUAUCUUGCAAGUAUUUAUGAUAGUUCAAAAGAUAUUCAGCCGCGUUCUUCUUCAAACCAGGACUUCACUAAACGAAAAAGGCCACAGCACAUCAACUGUUGUUUUGGCAUUAGAUAACAGAAAAGUAUAUCACAAUGUGGCAUACUUUCUUUUCUUCUUCUACAUUGUUCUUGGUUUGUUUGGAUGUCUUGUGACGAUUUUAAAAGGUGCAAUUCUUGGGAUUUUAUAUUUACCUAGACUAGACAAACCUGGUCUUAUAUCAGGUUUCCAAACAUGGGAUAAAGGUUAUAUGUACUAUGUAAGUUUCCUGUACGUUGAGGAAUGCCAUCGACAUCCAGUUCUUUUAGUUUUCUGUGAUAUUUUAUUGGAUGGUUUACAAGAUAAAAGAAAUAACAAAAUAAGAAACUACGGUAGUACUGACUCCGCAUUCGAUGUUGAAACAGCAGGCCACCACAGACGUUUAGUUCAAGGGGCAGAAAAUACAGUCAAUCGUUUAGAAUCGCCAUAUGUAUUUGACAAAGCAAAUCGUCUUGCACGAAACCGUUGGUUGAAAGCGUAUACAAUGAUCAGAAAUCCUGGAUUGAGAGACAAGGAGGUUGAAGAAGAAUUCAUCAAUCUCAGUGCCGAUAUACAAGACGAUAUACAAGACGAUAUACAAGACGUAUCAACUAGUUAUAGACGACAGCAGAAUUGUGAACAACCACAUUCUAAGACUGACGUUUAACUGUUGUUAAGGAAAAUAUUAGAAGUAAACAGCCAAAUUCUAAAACUGGCAUAUAUAUGACCGUUGUUAAGGGAAAUAAAAACUGUUAACAACCAACCCAGGGGCAGUUCCUCAAACCUCUUGAAAUUUAACCAUCAGAUAAAGUAAGUCACUUAAGUAGCUAACCGACUGUUACUUUACAGUCGGUUGAGAACUUGUUUUUCAAAACGAUUUUCACAAUAGUGUUAAAUCUUAAUCAGCUCUUCACAAGUUCAUUCAGUCCCAUGUAAUCGUUUUGUAGUUUGAAAAACGGCAUCUAAAAAGCAUGAUAAAAGGGUAAAAGCAACACAUUCUGUAUUAACAAAAACUCUUCUUUUUGAUAAAUUGGUAGAAGAAAAGUUUGAAGUGUUGAAGUGACAAAUUUACGGACAAUAGUAGCAAGACUGUUGCUCUGGGACAAAUCAAG